CCCAACAGAUGUAUUAUUAUUUAUUUCGUAUUCAAUCUUAUACUUAUAAUAUUUGUGACACUACAUCUUAACUCAAGACUCAACAUUCUUUAAUAAUUGUACUAUACAUUUUUACUGUUUUCUCAUCAUGGAUAAUAUGAAUAAUUUAAUCAUGAACCAUAUCAAUAACCGAGGUCUUGAAUCAGAACCAAUUUGUUAUAUUUGGGAGAUGAAUAGGCUUAAUUCGCUACAAAAUUGGACAAUGAUUAAACCUAGUGCAAAGGAAAUGGCCCAAGCAGGUUUUUAUUGCCCAGACCAGGAUACACCCGAUACGGUAAAAUGCUUUUCAUGUUUCAUCGAAUUGGAUGGUUGGGAGCCAACUGACCAGCCUUGGGAAGAACACAGAAACCGGAACUUGUCAGCCAAACCGUUAUGUAAAUUUGUUGAAAUAGGUAAGGAGGAAUCAGAUUUUACAGUAAAUGAUUUCUUAGAUAUUCAAAAGACUGUGAUACUACGCAUAUUUAAUAAAAAAUAUGAAACAAUUACUAAAACAGCACUAUCUAAUCACAAAAAGAAAAAAUCAGCACUGAAGAAAGAACUAAAAAAAAUAGGAUAUUCUUAA